AGGUGUUUAUUUUGAAAGUUGUCAUAAAAAUAUAAAAUUUGUUGAUUUUUGUGGUAAAUUUUAUUUACCAUUACUUCAAUUUCUUUGUUCACCUGCUUGUACACCAACAUCAACAUGUUCAAUGACAACAACAAAUCAUUCCGAUGAUAUGAAUAGUAAAUUUAAAAAAGUGCUACUUGGGUAA